AUGGCCUUCACCAUCACCAUCGAGAAACGCACCGCUCCGGGCAAGUCAGCCUCCAAAGGCUUCCCUCUCACCAUCAACCUUGCCUCCGCCCAAUCCACUCUUUCCGAAGUCAAAAAACAAGUUGCUUCCUCCUCUCGAAAACUCACCCCCGAACGUCAACGCAUCACCACCGAAGACAAAAAGCCUCUCCUCGACGAUGAUGCCUCCCUAUCCUCCCUCAACAUCACCUCCGGUCAAACCCUCUACGUCAAAGACCUAGGCCCCCAAAUUGGAUGGAAAACCGUCUUCCUCACCGAAUACGCCGGUCCCAUCUUCAUCCACCCCCUCUUCUACUACCUCGGUCCCAAAAUCUGGCACCGGGAAUACGUCCCUUCCAGAAUGCAAACAGUCGCUCUCACUCUCGCCGUUGCCCACUACGUCAAACGCGAACUUGAAACCCUCUUCGUCCAUCGAUUCUCCAACGGCACAAUGCCGUUGUUUAACAUCUUUAAGAACUCCACCCACUAUUGGUUCCUUUCCGGAUUCUUGCUCGCUCCAUUCAUCUACUCGCCCUGGUUCUCAGCUGCGUCUAUAGCGGGGACUAUUCAGGAUAACAACACGUUCAUCUUCACCACCGUCGCAGUUUGGGUUCUUGCGGAGCUGAGCAAUGCCUACACGCACAUUAUUUUGAAGAACCUCAGACCGGCGGGUACGAAGGUGAGGAGGAUUCCAAGAGGGUUCGCGUUUGAGUUGGUUUCGUGCCCGAACUACUUUUUCGAGUUCGUAGCUUGGGCAGCCUUUACAGCGUUGACGCUGAACCCGGCAAGUGCUUUGUUUGCGGCGGUGAGCACGGGACAAAUGUGGGUAUGGGCGGUGAAGAAACAUAAAAAUUAUAAGAAGGAGUUCGGUAAGGAGUACCCGAAGAGGAAGGCCAUGUUCCCUUUCAUUGCCUAA